UAUAAAUGUUUCAUAAUCGGACAGAUCUCAGAUAAAGCAGAGAGGAUCUGCCACCAUCCAUCCAUCCUGAUGGCUCCUGUUGAGGUGGAGAAUCCAGAUGAGGUCAAACCUACUGCCAAGACCAAAGUAAUUACAGGACUAGAGAGCAUUGCUCCUCUCAUCAGCACAGUAGAGGAAACCCCUGAACCAAUCUCCACCACAGUCGAAGGCUCUAUCCCAUCCUGGAUCAAUGGUAAUUUCCUCCGCAAUGGACCAGGGAAGUUUGAGUUUGGAAAUACGCACUACAACCACUGGUUUGAUGGGAUGGCCAUGCUUCACCAGUUUAAGAUCCAGAACAGCCAGGUGACGUAUAAGAGUCGCUUCCUACAGAGCGACACCUACAAGAAGAACAGCGAGCGGGACCGCAUCAUGAUGUCAGAGUUCGGUACUCUAGCGAUGCCUGAUCCGUGUAAAAACUUCUUCCAGAGAUUUCUCUCUCGCUUUGAGAUGAUCGAACCUACCGACAAUGCAAGUGUGAGCUUUGUGAAAUACAAGGGUGACUACUAUGUCAGCACAGAGACAAAUUUCAUGCACAAAGUGAACCCGGAAAACCUGGAAACGUUGGAAAAGGUUGAUUGGAGCAAAUUCAUUGCUGUGAAUGGAGCUACUGCUCAUCCCCACUACGACCCAGACGGCACCGCCUACAAUAUGGGCAACUCUUAUAGAAGCAAAGGAGCACUGUACAACAUCAUCAAAGUCGCCCCUGAGAAAACAGAAAGUAAAGACACCCUGCAGGGAGCCAAAGUCCUUUGUUCAAUUGCUCCAGCGAACAAGUCCCAUCCCUCCUACUACCACAGCUUUGCCAUGUCUGAGAACUAUGUGGUUUUCAUCGAGCAGCCAAUUAAGAUGGACCUCCUGAAGAUAGUCACCUGCAAGAUCCGAGGAAAGGCUUUGAAUCAGGGAAUAUACUGGGACCCAAAGCUGGAAACUGUUUUCCAUCUCAUUGACAAGCGUUCAGGAGAGGUCAUUCCCAUGAAGUAUCACACGAAAGCCAUGUCCACCUUCCAUCAGAUCAAUGCCUUCGAGGAGGACGGCUUCCUGAUGAUGGAUAUGUGCUGCUCAGAUGGCGGCCAGGCCAUCAGCAACUAUCUCAUCCAGAACCUACGCAAAUCUGGAGAGGCACUAGAUGAACUGUAUAACACCACUGACAGGACUUUCCCUCGGCGGUUUGUUCUGCCCCUAAAUGUGACCAGUGACACCCCAACAAACCAGAACUUGAAUACUCGGCCUUCCAGCAACGCAACAUGCGUCAAAGUCAGUGCCGACAAGGUUUUCUGCCAACACGAGGAUCUCCAUGGAGAUGACCUGUAUGAGUACGGUGGCCUGGAGUUCCCACAAAUCAACUACAGCCGGUUUAACACCCGACCCUAUCGUUACUUCUACGGCUGUGGCUUCAGACACAUGGUGGGAGACUCCCUGCUCAAGAUGGACUUGAGGGACAAGACACUUAAGGUCUGGCACCAGAAGGGUUUCUACCCAUCAGAGCCGGUGUUUGUGCCGUCGCCUGAUGCUUCGGAUGAGGACGCUGGAGUCAUUCUGUCGGUGGUUCUCACACCUUCACAGGAUAAAGGAACAUUUCUCCUGGUUUUGGAUGCAAAAACGUUUGAGGAGUUGGGAAGAGCUAACGUACCUGUUAACAUGGCUUAUGGCUUCCAUGGUGCCUUCUCCGCCUCUCCAUAAACCAUCGCCUUCUACAUUAACAGGAUUAAAGUUACUGCAUAUAAAUGGUACAAAUCAAGCAGUAAGCAAAAAUAAACAGUAUUCCUUAGGCUUGCUUUCUUAGCUACACCUUCUAGCACUUGUGUUUGUCUUCAGAGUUGUUUUAAUUCUUCAGCAAAGGUUUUUUGUCAUGAUGCAAAUCUUGUUGAAUGCAGCAGCUCAACUCAAGACUCCUCUGAUCUGAUCUGAUAUUUUAUCAUUUUAAUGAACAGUUAUAAAUUGUAGCCAGAGUUUCUUGUUCUUAGCUGACAGCAGUGGCAAUCAUUGUGGUUUGCAGCCUUUUCCCUCGAAGGUACGAUAUGUUGUGCAUUCAUAGAUGCUACUCAGUAUCUGAAACUUUCAGACAAAUUGUCUGCAAUUAACAUUAUUCCAUCUUCAAAUUCACUUCCCUUAUUCUCCCAUUCUGAACUGCAGGAAGUCGUUUUCACCACGAACAAAUGUUUACAAGCACCAACUUGGUGCCAUGUUUUGGCUGAUUUGCCUUUUUUUCCUCAAGCAAUUGAAAAAAUUGUGCCUAAAAAGAGGCCUGAGCGCGUACGAAUGUUUAAGCUGUUCACUUUUUAUACUGACUAAGUGCUGCUAACAUAUUGUCUGCUUUUUUGAAAUUUUGCCUGUAAUCCUAUUAACUGAAACAUGAUAUUCUUAUCUUCUUUCCUUUUUACACCUUAGCUCAAAACUGACAAGUUGUUCCUGAGGACAGUGGUAUUAAAUAAGCUGCCAGAGUCAAUUGCCUUUGUACAUUUUUUUUUUUACUGUUUUUGUACUUAAAUAUUUGUAUUCACGUCUACAUUUUCUAUCAAGGAAGUUAUAAUUAAAUUUUAAAUGUGCUAACUUCUAA